CCCUCCCCACGUUGUAGUAUUAAAUUCUCGCGCGACGCUCAGAAAGGUCGAGCUUCACCGGCCCUAUUGGUUGCUUGGGAAGAACGUAUAAGCAGUUCGUCUUUGCGCAGGCGCACACAGAAAGCCGGAGGAGUCAGCUGUUUAGCUAUAGGAGGCGUUUGUGGUUCACACAGAGUUGAGAAAAAGACUACAGUAACACUCAGACUAAACUUCCAAUAAAGAUACCCUAAAAGCUGCCUUCAGAUAUGAGGGGCACAGCGCUCUAGCGUCAUUGUGAUGGAUAUUUUCUGACUAUUGCUAUUGAGAGCAAUAACAGAGGUAGAGAGUGGCUUUUUACGUCUAUGAAACCUGUUUAAUUCUAGGACGACGGACGUGUGCUAAUAGACUGUGAGGCUGUGAUUCUUCUAGUCUUUCAUUCCUCCUACUUGGAUUUCCUAUUGGCUCCGAGUUGCGUCAUUCUAGUCCUUGGAACCUCGAUGGUAAAAACCCUGAUGUAUUUUGCGUUGAAAAGGCCAUUGAUGGAUCGGAACUGCGACUCUUGCUAGCUUUUGUUCCAACGCAAUGCAAGUAGGGAGCCCAUAGAGAAGGUAGUGGAUAGAGCGGCGCCACUGCGCUGUCCUAGAGCGCCAUGGCCAAGGGACGAGUCUUAUUAUUUUCCGUCGCGCGGAGGGAACGUCAUCGCCAGCUGAUUGAGCGGGAACCUUUUGAAGGUAAGCGCUCUGAGGGAGAAUGAUGGCGCUGGCCUUUGUCAAGACAGCUAAUCAUUCGCUUUCUUUUGACGGGUUGUAUGGAAUUUAGAUGAAAGUGCAGGCCAGCUAUAUGAUUUUGUUUCACCAAAAUGAUGGCUUGCCAGGAGUUUACUGUUUUAUACACACAUCAGAAGACUAAAAAAUCAAAAGUGUGGCAAGAUGGAAUUUUGAAAUCCACUGUUGGAGGAAAUAAGGCAACUUUAUGUGAUGACAAAGGACAGAUUUUGGAUAGUAUUUUUGUGAAGUCUCAGAUAAAACCUGGAGAUGACUUAGAAAGUGAUUGCUAUUUAAUCACAGUUGAAGCUGCAAAAGCUUCUGAAACUGGCUGUAAUGAUCAACCAAAUACAGAAGUAUCAAUUUUAAUGAGAAAUGGUUUGAAAUCCUUUGCCUCUUCAACCCUGCAUCUACCAGUAGGCCUAAAAAGGAAGUCUACUGGUUUCCAGGGGCCACGCCAGGUAGAAAAGAGAAUGACAAUGGAAGAACCUGCAGUAGCAAUAUCUCCUCCAACCAAGAAUUCUCAUUCAUCCUUCCCUUCUCAGUUCUACAUCUCUUCCCCAUUAUUUUCUGUACCUUACAAGAAGGAAGAGACCAGCUUACUUCCAAAUUUUAAUAGAGAUACUUUUGUUACGAAUGAGAGAGACCCUGAAUCUGUUGCCUCACUGGCUUUUGCACCUUAUGCUGAAGGUCAUAAAGUAGUACCAAAUAGAGGCUGUAGUAUUGGUAGCCCAGAUACUGAAAAUUGGAAGCCAGAAUUUCAGCUGAAUAAUGGAAUGGUCAGCCCAAAUUGCCAUGUGAGCAAUGGUGGAACAACAUUCCAGAAUAUCCGGAGUAAAGCAGAAAUUAUAACACUUCUGAAUUUUAAAACGGCACUGAGCAGAGAGCAAAAGCAUUCUGAAACUCCACAGGGUGAAACACAUGCUUCACUGAAAAAUCUACCUUUGACAUCAAUGGAAUUAGAAUGUCAUCCAGAUGGUUUGACUUUACCACAAAGCACAGACUUUUUGUCUGAUCAGAAGAUUGCAGCUACAUCAGAAUCUACAAGCAAAUCUAAUGGAGAAACCACUAAACACACAAAGCAGUUGAACUCAGAAAGAAUUCUGCAAAUAAAAAGUCGAUGGGAUAGGUACUUGCCAUCACGUUUAGCAAAGGAGGUUCCUGAGCUAAAUGAUGCGGAACACAAUGACAAGAAUGCUAACAAUUUACAGCCAGUUCAGAAGGAGGAGAAUGGCAUUAAUAGGAGCCUGUAUAACAAGGAUCAUCAUAACAGAAUUACUCAAGCCUCUGCUUCCUUAGAAAUUGGUAUUUCCCCCAUUAGCAAAAGUUCUUCCAAAACUCUACCACAUAGUUCUGUAUCAGCUGAAUCUAACAUGAGUAAAGGGAAUGAAGUUGCAUCCUCUUCUGGUAGUAUUCAUUAUUCAAAUGGUACAAAUGCUUUGAAAACACUUGCAGACGGUCAUUCUAAAUCCAAUCAACAUACAAUUACUGAUAAUUUGGAGUUCUGUCAUACAUUAGAAAAUGAAUCUUAUCCAAGUUUAUGUUCUGAACAGUUCUCAAAUGGCUCUGUGUAUGGAGAUCUUGAGACUCUGGAUAAGCAGUUUCCAGAAAUUAACUUCAGUCUGCUGGAUUCGCUGGAUUUUAGUGACACAGAGGAUGGAGAGCUUCAUGCAAAGAGCAUACUUUCCCAAGGUUCAGUAUAUUUGAAAGAUGAAACUGAGACACCAACUGGAGCCAGUGUUCAAAAGAACUGUGAAAUUAGUAAUGUGAAAAAUAAUGUGCAGACAGCAUUUUCACAAGGCGGAGGUGUGAACUAUGUCUCGAAAUCUCAGCCAUUGCACCUUUGUGAAGAAAUUCCUGAGGAUCUGGAGGAAAAUGAUGCAACUCUUCAUUUUCGUAAUGAACCAGGCCAUUUGGAGGCUACAACUGUUGAUGAAUGUGUAGAGAUAAAUGCAAUAAGCAUCCAACAUAUAUGUAAUCUCAAUUCUUCAGAUACUUUUGAAGAAGGUAACAAAAAAACUGUGGAGGUUGGAGCAGACAAUUCUCAGUUGAGCUGCAUAAGUAAUAACAUGAAAUCAGCUAGUACUUUGUUGGCUUUUAGUGAAAAAGAUAACUCUUCCAAUAGAUCUCCCCAGGAUAUUUCAGAUGAACAUUACACUGCACCGAAGAAAAGUUAUGAUCUGGAUUUCAGGCCAGUCAUUCAUCCCUUAAAUUGUGAGACUUCUUCCGAUGAAGUGCAAAUGAGUAAAAAUGAAUUCAAAAAUGAAGUGGGUGUCUUGGAUUCCAUUUACAAAUUCAGUCAAGAUAAGGAAAAUAAUUCUAUUGGUGUUAAACCUUCAGUUGUUGAUUCUAUAAGUCUACCUAAGAUAGCAAAUGAUUUCAACAUGUUUAGAUCUCUUACAGAACAUAGCACAGCCUUAGAAAGUCUACAAAUGAUUGAGCAAAAUACUGGCAUAUUGAUCGAGAGACAGACACUAACAAGGAAACAUGAGUCUACUGGAGGACUUGAAGCUUUGAAAAAGCUUGCUGAAGCACCUUGUUCUGAAGAUGUGCCAAUACCCUCUUGUUUGUUUUCUGGUGUUCCUGAAAUGAAUUCUUCCUUGAACAGUGGUAUAGAGAAACCCACAGCAGCUACAGGAAAAGUGCAACAUGACCAAAGUCCCUUUGGAGUGACUGGCAGUGAACCAAAGCCGGUUGAAUUUCAAGGCUACCAGGUGAAAGGAUCAGCAGCUAGUGAAAUAAUGAUGAGAAAACCCUGUUCACAUCUUAGAUGGGAUUCAAAUGGUGACAUGGCAAAGCUUGAAAGAGCUGCAAAGGAUGCUUGUUUUUUCUCAGCUCAAGAACUGAGCAAUACCAUGCUACCUGGUUUGAUGGAGCCUCUAGCCUUAAGGAAAUUUCCAGAAGAUGAUCUCAACAAAAUCACAACUGAGAAUUUUCACAACAAAUUCAACUUUGAGGAAGAAGCCAAUAACACAUUUUUGACAUUCAGUGUGUUCUCUAAACCACCAAACCCGGUCAUGACACAUUCUCCUUCUGAUCUAAAUCUGGAUAUUUCACAGUGUGAUUCAAUGGAGCCUAAUGAGAUGUUAUCAGUACAACAGAUUCCUUCACAGUCAUCUGACUGUCAUUUCCCCCCAAGUUCAAGAAAUGAAGAAAUAACAUUAGACAUACAAGAACCGGAAUUCCUAAUGUCCAGAAUUGUUCCAGAGCCUGUGGACAAUCUAAAAAGCUUUUUCGGAAUGGAGGAAUCCAGGUACCCGGAGGAGGAGGAUAGAUUUGUAUCUCUAUCCACUCUUAGAAUACGAACUCCAGUUGUGACGGUACCUGCAGAUGAAGAACUUCCUGUUGCAGAAAUUGAUUCUAGUAUGGAGACCUGUGAGCAAGUUCAGCAGUCCUCUGGUUUCCCAGUAGUCAGCCUGUAUAGCAAGUCAAAAAUGUUGAUGCCUGAGGACAGGAUUUGUGAAACUUUUGUGGGUAAAAAGUGCAUAGGAGAAAGACAAAGGGUACUUACACAGUCUACAUUCCCUCAUGUGUCUGAACAAAAGAGACAAAGCAAAUGGCAGAAAUACCAAAACACAGCUCACUGUGAUUUGAGAACUCAAAACAGUGGUGAAGUGGCCAUGACUGAUGACUUCCAAGCUGAGAGUGUCUUGGGAAUGCCACUUGAUGACACAGGAGAGUGGUGGAGUGAUGCCAUCCAUAAAAGCCUUCCAGACUUUGCGCAUCUGCAGAUGAUAAAGAGUGUGCUUUGUAAACAGCAGCGAAACUUUAGCAGCCAAGAUUCUGUUUCAGAAGAAAAGAAACUUUCUCUGCACUUAAACCAGAUUUUUUCCACUGAGGAAGCACCAAAGGUGUUAGGUCAGCUGAACUGCCACAAUACAGCCAGACACACCAAAAGCAUCUCUGAAUUGUUCUUUCCCACUGCGGAAAUGGUAAACUGCACUCAUGUUCCUAAAAGGCAGGUGUAUAUCCCAGCUGAUUUUCAGUCUUCUGCACAUUAUAAGCAGGUUUUUACUGCUGCUUUAAUAGAACAUUUAAAUAUACUGCUUUUUGAGCUGUCACAAAAACUACAUAAAGCUCUUGGGAAAGUGGAUAUAUCCUUCUAUACUUCAGCAAAAGGAGGGCAAGGACAAACAAAAGACACUUCUGCACCACUCUGCAAUCAUAAGUUGGCAGCCAAACUUGUUAUGGUAAAAAAAGAAGGCCGAAACAAGGGUCGCCUUUUCUAUACCUGCGAUGCUCCAAAGGCUGAUCAGUGUGGUUUUUUCAAGUGGCUAGAUGACUUAAACCCAGGACAGAUGGAAAGUAGGCCUAGUGUUGUACUUCAUGAUACAAAGAGUAUUGGCAUCUAUCUUAGAGCACAAAAAAUUUCCAUCUAUGAAGAAUGCCAGCUUUUGGUUAGGAAAGCUUUUGAUCUACAAAGAAAACAAAUUGGGAAACUGAAGAAAUUUAAUAUUGCAAAUGCCAACUUUGAUUGUGAUUCUAGAAGCAAAUUAUUUCUCAAGCUGAACCAAAAGGAACACUCUUCUGUGUAUAGCAAAGAUGACCUUUGGGUUAUUUCCAAGACUCUAACUUUUGAAUCCUUGGACACUUUGAUUGCGUGCAGUGUUUUCUUCGGACCAUCUUCUAGCAAUGAAGUAGAGUUGUUGCCUCUCAGUGGCUACAGCCCUUCGAACUGGCGCUCAAAUAUGCUUGUUCAUGCCUUGCUAGUUUGUAAUGCUAGCACUGAACUCACAACUUUAAGAAAUAUAGAGGAAAACUUCAGUCCAGCCACAUUACCCAUAAUGCAUCAUUUGCUUACAAAGUCUUUUGGAGAUGUAACUUCUGAUAACAGAGUCAACAAACGAAAAUUCAAACCCCCAGCCUUUAACACAAAUACAGUAAAUUGUGGACUUCUCAGUUCAGAAAUGGUGAUAAGUCUGGCAAACAAGAUGAUUCAGACAUUUCAGCUGAAUAAAGAUCAGGCCAUGGCAUUGAUUCAGAUAGGUAGCAUGAUGACAUCACAAGAAGUUGAUUCAGAAACAGGAAAACAGCAAGCUCUUCCUAUAACAAUAAUACAUGGGGUGUUUGGAUCUGGAAAAAGUUAUUUGCUGGCAGUUGUCAUCUUGUUCCUGAUACAGAUCUUUGAAACCAGUGAAGCAGCAGGUGACAAAAGGUCGGUGCCGUGGAAACUACUAAUCUCUUCCUCCACUAAUGUUGCUGUGGACAGAAUACUUCUAUGCCUACUAGAUCUUGGAUUUGAAGAAUUUAUUCGAGUGGGAAGUGUGAGAAAAAUUGCUAAGCCAGUUCUUCCCUACAGCUUGCAUGCUGGCUCGGGGCCUGAAAGUGAACAACUGAAAGAAUUACUUGCCCUGAUGAAGGAGGACUUAACCCCAGCAGAAAAAGUCUAUGUAAGGAAGACCAUUGACCAUCAUAAGCUGGGUACCAACAAAGCUCGUCUGCAACAGGUGAGAGUCGUGGGAGCUACCUGUGCUGCCUGCCCAUUCCCUUGCAUGAAAAAUCUUAAAUUUCCUAUAGUGGUGCUCGAUGAGUGCAGUCAGAUGACAGAACCUGCAUCUCUUCUUCCUAUUGCAAGGUUUGACUGUGAAAAGUUGAUUCUGGUUGGCGAUCCUAAGCAGCUACCUCCCACUAUUCAAGGGUCUGAAAGUGCACAUGGCAAUGGCUUAGAGCAAACCCUCUUUGACCGACUCUGUUUGAUGGGACAUCAGCCAAUACUACUUAGAACACAGUAUCGUUGUCAUCCUGCUAUCUGUGCCAUAACCAAUGAUUUGUUUUAUGAAGGCGAUUUGUUGAAUGGCAUUUCUGAAAUGGACCGAAGCCCUCUUGUGGACUGGCUACCAACAUUAUGUUUCUAUAAUGUUAAUGGCUUAGAGCAGGUGGAAAGAGAUAAUAGCUUUCACAAUAUGGCAGAAUCUUAUUUUAUUGUCAAAUUAAUCCAAUCUCUGAUUGCCAGUGGACUAGAGGGAUCAAUGACUGGUGUAAUAACCCUGUAUAAAUCACAAAUGAGCAAGAUUUGUAACUUGCUUGCUGCUAUACAUUCAGAUGCUUCUCAAAUUAAAGCUGUGCAGGUGUCCACAGUUGAUGCUUUCCAAGGAGCAGAGAAGGAAAUUAUUGUGUUAUCUUGUGUGAGGACAAGACAAGUUGGCUUCAUAGAUUCAGAAAAGAGAGUGAAUGUGGCACUGACAAGAGGGAAGAGGCAUUUACUAAUAGUGGGAAAUCUGAACUGUCUGAGGAAGAACAAGCUGUGGGGAUACAUUAUCCAGCACUGUGCAGGAAGAAAAAAUGGAUUACAACAUGUUGGCCAGUGUGAGCAGCAAUUGACAGACAUUCUUAAAUCAUACUUGGAAAGGAAGAAAGAAGAAGAAAUGCAUGCACACAAGGAAAAAUCUAAAUUGUUCUCAAAGAAAACAAAAGGCUAAAAUGCUUUUAAGUUGUGUAAAGUAGCUUGAAAACACUGUUUAAAACAAUGCUUUAAAUAUAAAUGAACUAUUAUCUCUGUCUUUAGUCUUGUUGCAUUAAAAUGUUAGUAUUUACAUGUAAUAAAAGGUUUGGUAACCAAAUGAUUUCUAAUCAUAGAUAAGAUCAAACUUGGCACUUUCUGCUUAUGUCAGUACUAUGAAAUAGAAUAAAGUCAGGAUUUUUAAUAAC